UCCCAUCCUCAUUGUUUUCUUCCCCCUUCUUUUCCCAUUUCGCUCAUCCUUGAUUCCAUAUCAUGCAAGAAGCAAUCCCUUUCAGAACAUACAUCCCGGCCACCGCCACCGCGGGCAGUAAUCGGCGGUUGCCUCCGCUCGUUGUCGCCGCCACUGGUGUUGGAAAUGUACUGGUAUUCGCCAAUGGAGAAAAUUAUGUCCAAAAAUUGGUGUCAGAGAAUUCGGUUAUAGUGUUUGGGAAGCGUGGAUGUUGCAUGUGUCACGUCGUGAAGAAGCUCCUGCUAGGGCUUGGAGUUAACCCCACCGUGUUCGAGGUGGAUGAGAAGGAAGAAGCGGCGGUGAUUAAUGAGUUAGCGAAUAUUAGCGGUGAUAAAGACGGCAGUGAUGUGCAGUUUCCGGUGGUUUUUGUAGGUGGAAAAUUGUUUGGUGGACUGGAGAGAGUUAUGGCUACUCAUAUCUCUGGUGAGUUGGUGCCUAUUUUGAAAGAUGCUGGAGCUCUGUGGCUUUGACUGAUGCUUAAUUUUUCCCUUUGAAUUUUAUUUUCCCUAAUUUCAAUUCAUGUUUUGUUGGAUGAGUUUCUUUCUCUCAGAAAUUUCAGAGGAAGGAAUUUUCAUAUAUAUAUAUAUAUAUAUAGGAUUUUCUUUUUGAGUAGAUGAUGAGGUUGUAGCAAAUCAUCUAAUUUUAACUUUUGAUCUUGAUGUAGAUUAUAUAUGUAAUUUCCUGAUUGGUUGUAACUAAAAUUUGGGAAAAUUGAAUCUUCGUGGAUGCA